GACCAUGUGGAAUCAAUCAUACGGGUCAGCCAGAUCAUUCCAAACCACCAAUGACCCAUCAUUCUAAUUAGACUGAAAAAGUAAACAGCACUCGCUAUUUCUCACUGUUCCCACUACAAAGGCCAUGAAUCUGUCACUCCCCGUUUAUUCUAGCGUUCCUCGUUCACACCAGAGAGAGGAUUAUAUUUAUCCCCACAAUCCAUAUCAGUUUAGGUAUAAUAUCCCAGGAUCUCUCCUUGCCUCAGUUCUUUGUAGUGUUAAAAACUUAAAAGGUGGUGGGGUUUUUUUUAUUCGAGAAUGAGAACAGAUCUUGAUGCCAAUACAACAAGCUCCAUUGACGACAUCCCAAAGCUCAAGUUCCUCGACUGUUCUCUUAGGGUCUGCGCGAUUCCUCUUAGUGCUGCAACCAUGUGGCUAACUGUGACAAACCAGCAGGAUAACAGCAGCUAUGGGAGACUGGAGUUCAGCAAUCUUAUGGGCCUCAAGUACAUGGUUUGCAUCAGUGCUAUUUGUGCUUGUUACGCUUUUGUUGCUGCUAUUUCCCUAUGGUGCAGAUGCUUGGUAGCAAAACCCUGGCUCUUCUUUGUCUCCGACCAGAUUGUAGCUUACUUAAUGGUCACGUCCGGGGCUGCAGUGUUGGAGAUACUCUACUUGGCAUACAAUGGUGACAGGGAAGUCACAUGGAGUGAAGCCUGUAGUUCCUACGGAAGGUUUUGCAGUAGAAUGAAGAUAGCCUUACUUCUCCAUGUUUUGGCUCUUUGCUGCUUCAUUGUUCUAGCUCUCAUCUCUGCUUUCAGGACUUUCAGCAUGUUUGAGCCUCCUUCCCUCCCUUCUCAAGAGCCGGUGGAACAAGAAAGAGCAGCCUAAUUAAACAUACUAGAGCUGGAAUUGAAACAGAUAAAGUUCUAUUUAUGCUUGUUAACACAACAAAAACACAUUGAUGUGAAAGUCUGCCACCUAAAACAUCCAACUAGUACAAAAAAUUAAUAAUAAUAAAGAGAAGUACUACAGUCACUCAGCAGUCAAUUUAUCACGGGCAGAGUUCUGUGUUAUCGUGAGUGUGUAUACACACACACAAGCGUGUUAGAAAAUCUGUAUAAGGUAAACUUAAUGCUUUUAAGUUUCAGAAAGUGCUCUCAAAUCUCAAUAAGUUUCGUGUUCA